UCCGGUGGAGGCGGCGAUGGCGGCGGCCUCCUCCUCCUCGGCGGCCGCGGGCUGCCGGGAGGGCCCGGCGGUAGCGGCGGGAGUAGGGCCCGGCUGGAGCGACUCCCAGUUCCGUCGUUACUCUUUCGAGACGCGGCCCAUCCCGCGGCUCAGCCACAGCGACCCCCGCGCCGAGGAGCUCAUUGAGAACGAGGAGCCGGUGGUGCUGACAGAUACGAAUCUGGUUUAUCCUGCUCUGAAAUGGGACCUGGACUACCUCCAGGAAAACAUUGGCAAUGGGGACUUCUCAGUGUAUAGUGCCAGCACACACAAGUUUUUGUACUACGACGAGAAGAAGAUGGCCAAUUUUAAGAAUUUCAAACCCAAGUCGAGCAGGGAAGAGAUGAAGUUUGCUGAGUUUGUGGACAGACUCAAAGAAAUACAACAAAAAGGGAGUGCUGAGAGGCUAUAUCUGCAGCAAACCCUGAAUGACACAGUUGGAAGGAAGAUUGUGGUGGAUUUCCUUGGCUUCAACUGGAACUGGAUUAACAAGCAGCAAGGGAAACGCGGCUGGGGUCAACUGACUUCUAACUUGCUUCUUAUUGGCAUGGAAGGGAAUGUGACACCAGCUCAUUACGACGAGCAGCAGAACUUCUUCGCUCAGAUUAAGGGUUACAAGAGGUGUAUCCUGUUCCCUCCGGAUCAGUUCGAAUGCCUCUACCCUUACCCCGUGCACCAUCCCUGUGACAGACAGAGCCAGGUGGACUUUGACAAUCCUGACUAUGAGAAGUUUCCAAACUUCCGGAGCGUGGUUGGCUACGAGACGGUGGUGGGUCCAGGGGAUGUGCUGUACAUACCUAUGUACUGGUGGCACCACAUCGAGUCUCUCCUGAAUGGGGGCAUUACCAUCACUGUGAACUUUUGGUACAAGGGCGCCCCAACCCCAAAGAGGAUUGAAUAUCCAUUAAAGGCUCAUCAGAAAGUCGCAAUAAUGAGGAACAUUGAGAAGAUGUUGGGAGAAGCCUUAGGAAAUCCACAAGAGGUGGGUCCCUUGUUGAAUAUGAUGAUUAAGGGACGGUAUGACUAAUGCCUGGCUUCCCCGGGUGACUGAUGUUGGAGCUGCUUUGUUCACAAGCAAUGGAAGAUACUGAGCGCUAGUAUUGCACGCAGCACUUAACAGACUGAUGGGUUUCCUGGCCCAUCCCUGCCCCACUACAAUAAAAGGGGGGCUACUGGAACUGCAAAAACCGUUAGUACCCCAUUCAUCCUCCACUCUCACCUAACCGAACCUCCCAAGAAAGAGUCUGCACUUACUGGAAGCUGGAUUCAUGCUCCCUAACUUGUUAUUUUUUCUCCCUCUGCCCUGUUUGCCACGACAAGGAGCAUGGCUUCUGGCACUCGGGAUUUGUUGCUUCAGGAUUUUCAGGCAUUUGAAGAAGAGCUUGGAGGAGAACCAGGCGUGAUCUUGUUUCCUCAGCGUCACGGAGUUUGGGUUUCCUGGCUGGGUUUAUGUGUCGGUGCCUGCGUUUGGAUGUAAGAUGGGAAGCGAUAGGUUUCCAAGUCCUCUGUUGUUAGAGGACCUGUUCAUGCUCAACUCUGACACCUUUUUAUAUAGUGGAAACAAACACGUGAGAUGGCCUGUGCGUAAUGAGCAACUUGGACAAAUAAUUCCGUUUCUCCAACUUAAAACAUCUACACUUUGGACUUAGUACAGGGUAGAGAUCAGAGUGAAUUCAUGGAGCGUGCAAGCGCCAAAUCCAAUGCUCUCCAAACGACAUCUUGUGUUGUAGGAGUCUAGAUAAACCUCCUUCCUGACAGCUUUCUCUGGGGAGUGAAGGCUUCUCUCCUGCUCUUCCGAAGCUGCAGCACGGUUAAAAGGGGCCGUAGCGUUAUGAAGGGAGAGGCAUAAACCAGGACACUCGCCAAGUCUUGAAUCAUUAAGCCACAUUUUUAAAUGAAGUUCCCCAUGGGUGCCGAGCUAGACUGUCAAAACGCAGUGUCAGAUAGGUACAGAGCCUCCCUUCUCCCCCCCGGGGGUGCUGGUUCCUCAGACUAACACAGGGAAAGUGCCCUUUUUACCGAAACUGCAAGAACUCAAGCGUGUGUGUGGCUGCACGCCCGUGCGCGUGGUUGUGUGAUGUCGUGUGGCUCCUGUCCAUCAGUGAAAUCCACACCAGCGUGUGGUUCCCUUCCUUGUACAGUCAACGUGAGAGAGGUCAGGGCUUUCUGUUUAAAUGUGGUUAAAGUUUUUAUCUUGAUCUUUUUUGUGUUCCGGGACUUGACGUGGCAGGUUGGGAAGCGACAAGACCAGGGCAUAGGAACCAGACAAGCUUCUGUUUAAGGGCCAUCAGCCUGAAAAUUCUUUUUGCUUUCCUCCUCUUUUAUGCAAAAGCCUUAUUUAAGGCUCACAUGGAGGUUGGCUUUUGAUUCCCUGAGGUGUGCUGCACGGCUGGCCCUGGUUUUGGGGGGUGGUGCAAAGGUCUUGUAUAUUUGAUGCGGUUGUAAAGGGUCCCAAGAUCUAGAGGUGGAAAAACGUGUUCCAUACUUCAUGUAUCUCAUCCCAGAGAAUAGUGGGGGACUUGUCCUGUUAAGGCUUCCCAGGGUUUUCCCCUCCUUGUUUUUCGGGGCUUGUUUUGAUGUGGGAUUUGGAGAAAAGCAUUGAGAACGUGCCGCUCAAGAAGCAUCCCACCUUUGGCCUCUGGUCCCAUCCUUCGCUGGGCCGGCUGAUGCACCGCUCGCGGUGAGUUUGUCUUGCAAAGAGGUGAAAGGCUUCUCAAAUGGGACAGCCCAGGGGCCAGUCUUCUGGCUGCUUCACAGGUCAGAACAAAUGAAGUGUAAUUAGCAGCCACAGGGUCCUUGUUUAAGAAAUCUGUGUCACAGUAGUCUGACUGCCACCUUACUUGUUGCAGACUCUCCUGAGCUGGGGUUAGAUCCAGACGAAGGUCACUCAGCUGGAUAAUUAUCGAUGCUCAGCCUUUGGGCUGGUGGGGAAGAAGGCUGAGCUGCUGACCCUGGUCAAAAGCAAGGCCUUCCCAGGAAUCGUGGGGGCAGGCCCUUGGCUGAAAGAUGCUCAAAUGAAAUCCCAUCUCUGUGCUAUUUAUUCAGCACGUGGUAGUCUCCAGUACCACCAGUUAGACACCAUCAACUCGUGAAAGCUCAGGGUGGGAGUUCAUGUCCCGUGUGGAGAGAGAAUGGUACUUACAGAACUUUAGGAUCCUAUUGUUGUUUUUUGUUUUCUUUAUUUGCCAAAGGUCUAACUUUUAAAGUGUCUGAACAGGUUUUGCUGCACUUGACUUCGUGAAAGCUCAUUUACGAUGCACUGAUGGACUGACUCCCCCCUCUCCUCCCCGCCCCCCCCACCUUUUCCCUUUUCACCUUGUGCUUUCAAAUGCCCCUCGCCAUGGUAUUGGGAAGCUGUGUGUGUUCUCUGCUGGGGGUGUGUGUGCAGGGGGUGGGGUGUGACAAACACACGGUACCUUCUGAAGUGUAGUUCUUAAAAUACAACCAAUGUGGAACAACAGAA